GCAUGAAUUACUUUCAAUUUCAGUUUUAUCCCGUUACUCUACUGGAAGGGGAGACUGGCUUGCUCAGUCUGUUUUAGCUUUGAUAAAGGAGGGACAGAAAGGUGCAAGGAGCAAGUGAGCAACAGGUGAGAGGCAACUGGAACUGUUCUUGGUGUGUGUGGAGCAGGAAUCACUUCUAGGUUAGCAGGUUGCCAUGGCAUCUGGACCCAACAUGAUGGACCCCAUUUGUCUGGUGGAAAAUGACAAUGACCUGCUGUCAGUGAACCAGGAAGCUCUACAGAUUCUUGAGAAGAUUUCACAGCCAUUGGUGGUGGUGGCCAUUGUAGGACUGUAUCGUACAGGCAAAUCCUACUUGAUGAACCGUCUUAAAGGACAGAACAAUGGUUUCCCUCUGGGCUCUACAGUGCAGUCUAAAACAAAGGGCAUCUGGAUGUGGUGUGUGCCUCACCCUUCCAAGUCAGACCAUACCCUGGUCCUUCUGGACACAGAGGGCCUGGGCGAUGUGGAAAAGGGUGACCCUAAGAAUGACUCGUGGAUCUUUGCCCUGACUGUGCUUCUAUGUAGCAGCUUUGUCUACAACAGCAUGAACACCAUCAACCACCAGGCCCUGGAACAACUGCAUUAUGUGACAGAGCUCACAGAACUCAUCAGGGCCAAGUCCUCUUCAAGAUCUGGUGUACUAGAAGAUUCCACAGAGUUUGUGAGUUUCUUUCCAGACUUUAUCUGGACUGUACGGGAUUUCACCCUGGAACUGAUGUUAAACGGUCACCCUAUCACAGAAGAUGAGUACCUGGAGAAUGCCUUGAAGCUGAUUCCAGGCAAGAAUCCCAAAGCCCAAACAUCAAAUCUACCCAGAGAGUGUAUCAGGCAUUUCUUUCCAACACGGAAAUGUUUUGUCUUUGACCGGCCAACAAAUGACAAAGAACUUCUAGCUGAUAUUGAGAAUGUGUCUGAAGACCAACUGGAUCCUAAAUUCCUGGAACAAACAAACAAUUUCUGUUCUUACAUCUUCACCAAUGCAAAAACCAAGACCCUCAGAGAGGGAAUCACAGUCACUGGGAACCGUCUGAGGACUCUGGUUGUGACCUAUGUGGAUACCAUCAAUACUGGAGCUGUACCUUGUUUGGAGAACGCAGUGACAACUCUGGCCCAGCUGGAGAACUCAGCGGCCGUGCAGAAGGCAGCCGACCACUACAGUGAGCAGAUGGCCCAGCAACUGAGGCUCCCCACGGACACGCUCCAGGAGCUUCUGGAGGUGCACGCAGCCUGUGAGAGGGAAGCCAUUGCAAUCUUCAUGGAGUGCUCCUUCAAGGAUGAAAAUCAGGAAUUCCAGAAGAAUCUUGUGGAAAUCAUAAAGGAUAAGAAGGAGGGUUUCUUGCUGCAGAAUGAACAGGCAUCUGUCAAAUACUGCCAGGCUAAACUUCAGGAGCUUUCCAAGGCCCUAAUGGAAAAUAUUUCAGCAGGCACUUUUUCUGUUCCUGGAGGUCAUGAACUCUACAGGAAAGCAAAGGGAAUGGUUGAAAGCGAGUAUUGCCAAGUGCCCAGGAAAGGAGUGAAGGCAAACGAAGUCCUCCAGAACUUUCUGCUGUCACAGGUGGCAAUAGAGAAAUCCAUCCUGCAGGCAGAUAAAGCCCUCAGUGAUGGGGAGAAGGCUGUAGUAGAGGAGCAGGCCAGGAGGGAGACAGCUGAGAGGGAACAGGAGCUGCUGAAACAGAAACUGCAGGAGCUGGAGCAGCAGACGGCAGCACGACAGAGGAGUCUCCAGGAAAACAUAGCCCAGCUGACAGAGAAGCUGGCGAGGAGAAGAGAAAAGCAACUGAGAGAGCACAAUAUGAUGUUGGAGCAUAAGCUGAAGGUCCAGGAAGCUCUGCUUAAAGAAGGAUUUAGAAAGAAAUCUGAGGAGAUGAAUGCAGAGAUAAAUCAUUUGAAAAAUAUGAUUGAUAAUACUAAAGAUGAUGAUACUCCCUGGCUGGCAGUAGCCUUGGACAAAUUUGGCAAAGAGAUCUCUUCACUAUUGUGCGCUCCAGGCAAACUUCUUGGUCAUUUUGCAAACGAAGUCCUCCAGAACUUUCUGCUGUCACAGGUGGCAAUAGAGAAAUCCAUCCUGCAGGCAGAUAAAGCCCUCAGUGAUGGGGAGAAGGCUGUAGUAGAGGAGCAGGCCAGGAGGGAGACAGCUGAGAGGGAACAGGAGCUGCUGAAACAGAAACUGCAGGAGCUGGAGCAGCAGACGGCAGCACGACAGAGGAGUCUCCAGGAAAACAUAGCCCAGCUGACAGAGAAGCUGGCGAGGAGAAGAGAAAAGCAACUGAGAGAGCACAAUAUGAUGUUGGAGCAUAAGCUGAAGGUCCAGGAAGCUCUGCUUAAAGAAGGAUUUAGAAAGAAAUCUGAGGAGAUGAAUGCAGAGGUAAAUCAUUUGAAAAAUAUGAUUGAUAAUACUAAAGAUGAUGAUACUCCCUGGCUGGCAGUAGCCUUGGACGAAUUUGGCAAAGAGAUCUCUUCACUAUUGUGCAUUCUAGGCAAACUUCUUGGUCAUAUUGUGAGUGGUGUGAGCUCCCUAUUUAAAACGAAGUAGCUCUUCUUUUAAAGAAAUUAUAGAUACACAAUAUAUGUACAUGCUCUGGCCUAUGUUUGGUGUGAAUGCUUUUCACUUUCAUUCAGCAAAUCUUUAAAUAUAAAAAGUGGUUACUAGAAAAUAUUGAUGCCUGGCCCACAUUAGAUAGAAUAAAUGCACUUUGAUAUAGCAUGUUCACUUUUAGGAAAUAUAUGUGUGCAAAAUCAUAUAUAUGUAUAUAUACAUACAUACAUACAAGAGGCCCAUUGAGGCAUCCCUUUUAAUGGCAAAAGAUUGGAAACUACUUAAAUGUCCAUCUAUAUAAAUUGGUAAUAUACAUUUUCCAUGUACAUAUACUGGAAUACUAUGUAGCCAGUAAAAAAAUUGAUAGUGGAGGUUUAUAUGUAUAAAUAUAGAACAACCUUGAAGAUAUAUAGUAGAGUGAAAAAAAUGAGGUACAAAACAGUUUGUAUAAUCUGUUCACCAUAAAAAAUGCAAUUCUUAUGUGCACUCAUAUAUAUGUACACAUAGAACGCCUCUGGAAGAUUCAUUAGAAAGUGGUAUCAUUGGUUCCUUCUGGGGAGAACAGCUUGGCAUUCGUGAUGGAAGGGACACACACUUUUCAUUAUAUCCUCUAUCUUCUCAAUUUUGUAAAGAAAGCUUGUAUUAUCGUUUCUCAAAUGACAAAGAAAACAUAAAGUAUAAUACUAAAAAUGAUAAUAAAUGGAAUGUGAAAUUGACUAUUAGAUGAUGAAAUUGCUCAUUGCUUCUAGAAAUGACAUCAGUCUGUUCAAUGAGUUGGAUCAGAAUACUAGAAAGCAUUAAAUUUGCAUCCUAAUCUUGUUUUCACUUUGGCUGUGUUUUUAAUCCCUUAUAUUUCUUCAAAAAGAAGGUAUAAACUUUCCUGUUACCCCUUGAAAUCUCAGCUAGAGGAGCCUUCACUUCCUCUCUUUGAGUUACACUUCUAAGGUAUUGGAAGAAAAUUACUAAACAUUAAGAAUAUGCACUGGUGAGAGGAAUCCCAUCAUUCUUGAAUGUUCAUUGAUUGACUCUCUGCUGCAGGCAAGGGCCAAAGAUGUGAUGUAUCGUUGAAGAACUGGAUGCCCUGAUAGUACUGGGGAUUAUAGACCCUGACGCAUGGAGGCCACCUGUUAGCAUUUAAACAUCAGAAGCCCAAGUACAUACCAUAGUGAUGAGAAUCAUGGUUUGUCUUAGCUGAGGCUGCUAUAACAAAAUUACCGUAGACUGGGUGGCUAAGACAAGAACGUUUAUUUUUCCCCGUUUCUGGAAGCUGUAAGUCCAAAAGCACGUGCCAGCACUGUUGUGUUGUUGGUAAGGGUCCUCUGGCAGCUUUACAGAUGGCAACUUUCUUACUGUGUCCUCACAUUUUUGGAAAAGGGAGGAGGCGGGUAGAGAACCUAAUGAUUCUUUGUUAUAAGGGCACUAAUCAGAUUCAUGAAGUCCCCAUACUCAUUACCUAAUUUCCUCCCCAAAGACCCACUUCCAAGUACAUUGGAACAUUGGAAGUUAGGGUUUCCUCAAAUGAGUUUUGGAGAACACAAGCACUCAGUCUAUAAUGUGGUUGGAGUGGCAGCCAGCCAGACCUGAGCAGAGAAACCUCUGAAUAUGGCAAAUAGAACAGGGUGUCUGUAGAGUCAAAAGGGAGGGGAGGAAACAAUCAAAUGGAGACAAGGAUGUUUACCAGGAGGCUGAGAGGUAGCCUCGAUAAAAAAGACACCGUCCGUAGUCUUGAUCUAAACCAAUUUCAGAUCAUGAACCUAUCACCUGGAGGAGAGGGCAGGAUCCCAAGAGAAAGGACUCUGCAACUCUAGAACAAGGUUAAAUGAUAAUGAUUUCCCCAGUCCCCCUCCUAGGGGACCUCUGGAAAUUCACUUGGUACCUGUGUGCUGGGAAAUGGGAAUGGCCAAACGUUUCGGUGACUCUUGGAAUCAGGAUCCAAGUUUGCAGUGAUACUCAGAUCCUGAAAAGACUUCACAGUCUCCCUGUUAAAGUAGAGGCACACAGGAUCCUGGUAAUAAAUGCAGGCUUGGCUCAGGUGCCAUGCAACUAAUUUGAUCUCAUAUUUGUUUUCAAAUAAAAGUAAAGUUCAUCUGAGGACAGAAACGGUUACAUAUUUUUCUGUACAUCUUCAUAGAGUAUGUUUAGGCACAGAGUGUACUACAUAAGAAUCUGCUGGAAAAACAAAAGACUGACACAUGUGUGACUUAUCAUGCCAGAUUUCUAGGAACACUCUAAGCGUCUUUGGUAAUAGUUCGGAUUUUACACACUAGAUUAAGGUCUCUAAGGUGACCCUUUAAACCUUUAAGGUCUUAAAGGCUAGCAGAGCAAAAGAAACUUUUCUGGUGUAGUCUUCUCAGUGCCUUCAUGUAUCACAGUCUCUGUGCCUCUGCAAGGAUGUUAACACGUCUUCACUGGAGCUUUUUUUUUUUUUU